AUGAACAGCUUGGUGGCUACUCCUCCUGUGCCACCUCAUUUCUACGAGUAUUCCCGUCUUGCCUCCGCUCGUCAAAUGUCUACCCCGACUGUCACCCCCAACUCCCGAAAACGGAAGGCCGAAGAUGAUACCGCCGACCACGAUGGACGCAUGUCUGCUUCUCCGACCAGCUCUCCCGCUUUCACCCCGAGAACUCUUCCGUCCGCCCGCAAUGUGAAACGUACUCGCCCCAAUAUCAGUGGCAGGCCGCUGUCCUUACCCCGGUUGCUGGAGACGCUGGACACCGAUGCCCUUCGAGGAAUGCUUCGGUCCAUGUGUGAACGCCACCCCAGCUUGGCCGACGAGAUCGUUCAUACCGCUCCUCGACCGAGCGUUUCUUCCGCCCUCCAGGUGCUCCGGCAGUACCAAUCCAACCUUCAAUCAUCCUUCCCCCUGGGUGGCAAUCCAGCUUCCGACUACGCCUACAACCGGGUCCGGCAGCCUCUUGGACAGCUUCUCGAUGCUCUGAGCGAUUUCACCCCACAUUUUCUACCUCCGAACGAGACUCAGCCGUCCGUAUCCUUGAGCUACCUGGACGACGCCACCGAAAUUAUUCACGCCCUGCCACGGUGGAGCACACCCCAAAACAACAUAGAGCGGGACUCUGCAUAUGACGAGAUCUGCAAAGCUUGGAUUCUGGUGAUCCGAGAAGCGGCCAAACGUGGAGGGGGCUUCCAGCUGCAGUACGGCGGCUGGGAACAGAAACUAGCCAAACAUAAUCAGAAUUCCGGUGGGAAGCUGCAGGCAGCCGUUCACGAACUCGCCUCCUGUCUAGGGUGGAUGCACGGACCAGACACUCAAGCCUACGGUGGCUCCGGAGGAAACAAUGAUCUAGGAUCUAUACGGGAACAACUUCUUUCUGGUACAUAUGGACUCGGCACUCCAGUCAAAGUUGGACCAUGGUGA